AUGGGGAUGCAACAAAGUCCGCGAAGUGCCGGGGUCCGAAUUGCCAACAACGUUAUUUCUCCCCAUCCCCAUCUUGCUGAAUUCGAGAUUUGGUGGAGGGAUCACUACCAUUACCUCGAAGAAAAGGGUUAUAAGCUACGAAGUCGCUACAGUCCAGAUUGGGUCCCGUCUUGGACAAACACCAACAAAAUCGACAUAAACUGCGAGGAUGGAAUUUCAUCACCACACUAUCUUCUACUGGAUGCACGGCGCAUUCGAGACGGCGCUCGUGUAUCACUUAAAUGUAUUGACGUAACGCGACACCCGCAUGAGAUAGAGAUCGCUCGCUAUUUCUGUAGCUCGUCUCUCAGAGAAGAUCCAGAAAAUCAUUGCGUGCCAAUUUACGACGUUCUGGAGGUACCCAAUGCCAAACAUCUUAAGAUACUGGUCAUGCCGUUACUUCGAAAUGCUGCGGAUCCCUAUUUUGACACAGUAGGGGAAGUUGUAGACUACGUCCACCAGCUUUUCGAGGGACUGCGCUUCAUGCACAGGCAUCACGUCGCUCACAGGGACUGUAUGCAACUGAAUAUACUGAUGGACGGCAGCAUGUUCAUAGAUGCGUGGCAUCCAAGCGAACAAUUUAUGUCGGAGGACCUCAAACGCGCAGCCAGGCAUCGUACGCGCACGCAGUCGCCGCCACAAUAUUACUAUAUAGACUUUGGCAUCUCCCGCAAAUAUGAGGCAUCUAACACCGACCCAUUGGAAGACCCCAUAUUCGGUGGAGAUAAAGACGUGCCCGAAUUCAAGGAAGACAACUAUAAACCUCGGAACCCUUUCCCGACUGAUGUUUGGUAUCUUGGACAUGCUAUUCAAGAAACAUUACUCGAGCGCUACACAGGUUUGGAAUUCCUGAGCGGUCUGGUAUCCGACAUGAUGCACUCGGAUCCAGCACAACGUCCAAACAUGGACGAAAUUUUCUCUCGAUUCCAGGUUCUACGCCAGGGCUUUAGCAGCUGCAAAUUACGUUCUCGGGUGGCUCAUGAUGACGAGAGAUCUUUUUUCGAUUUACUAGUCCACUGGGCCCGUCGCACUCAGUACAUAAUCCACCUAUCAGUUGUGGUCACUGGAAAUUGGCGCCAAUCACAGGGGUAUAUGUGA